AUGUCUAGUUAUCAUGACUACUUUGGCGAACAAUUCCGAGUAGCUGAUUAUGGCUUUGCUAAAUUGCGCGAACUACUGAGCGCUUUGUCUGAUGUUGUUCAGAUUAUCGGUUCGGGAAAUAUGAAGAUGGUGACACUAUCUCACCGUGUGCAAGUCCGACGGUUCACCAAUGAACUGAUCAAAGUGCUUAAAUCUCAGCCGACAAAGUGUUGUCAUUUAUCUGAUUAUCCGACAAUGUAUGAACGCACUUACCGCAAAGAAUUCUGUAUAACAGAUUAUGGUGUCUGUUAUCUUACUGAUAUGCUGUCGGAACUGUCUGACAAUGUUGUGGAAGUAACUGGUUCGGGUUCGGACACAGUUGUGUCAUUACCAAGACUCGUACAAACCAGUGAGGAAAGGUAUCGCAUCACAAUGUUUGCGGAUGAAGUGAUCGAUCUUCUCGGUCAAAGACCUCGUUGCCGACUGCCUAUUAAUAAAUUUAUUCCAUCGUAUUACCAUCAUUUUAGUCGACAGUGUCGAGUAUCUGACUAUGGCUUCACAAAACUAGCGGACCUUCUGGAGGCGAUUUCCAGCGUAAUCCAGAUUAAGGAAGAAAGGAAAGAAAAAUAUAUCAGCCUUCUGCCUGAAAAACACUUGCAAAUUUUCGCGGAAAAACUUCUGGUCCUUCUGGAAGCGUCACCAGACAGAAGAAUACCUAUCAAUGAUCUGACAGAUGUGUAUGCAAGACAUCACGGUUAUGCUUUGUGUUUGGAGGAUUUCAACGUGUUCUCAUUGAAAGAGUUAUUAUCCAAGUUUCCACAUCUAUUCUAUACUGAGGUAAACCAUUCACAAGAAAUACAGAAUACAUCGAAACUGUCAUCAGAAGAUACACUAACUGAAAAUAUUGGAGGUGUCGAGCAACAGACCGGACGGAAUCAAGGUAGUGGUCAAGUAGCAGAUACGAAAGUGGGAAAUACUGCAGCCAUUGAUUACCCCACUUCGAAUUACAAUGCUAUUGAAUAUGUGUGCUUAGUUGAUCGAACAGUGAUCAAACAUCUAGCACACAGGGUUAUUUUUAUAUUGCAACAAUAUCAGCUAGGAGCUACGUCUCUUCUGUCGUUUUACGUACUGUUCCAAUAUCAGUUUAGAAAUGAACCUAUGUUGGAUGUAAUAUUUGAAGAAUUGGAAAGUAUUGUGGAGCUUCGAAAGGAUUUGCCCAAUCCACGUGGCGCAAUGUCAUUUGGCUCAUCGAAUGAAGCAAUUCCACAUGACGUCAUAAAUCCUCCCCAUUAUAGACAUACUCAACUUCAAAGCUAUUCGUUUCAGAAUGUGUGUAAUGGUGACCACAGUACGGAAAUUCAUCGGUAA